AUGAAGGGCUUCAUACAUGUUGAUUGCGAAAGAAAAGGGCUAACAUCAGUUCCACAGAACAUUCCAAGAGCUACAGUAAAACUGUAAGUACGUAGUUUACAAACAUGAUCUAGAGGAAACUGAUGAAUUAAGUUAAGUUCCGUAGAAAUAAAGAUCAAAAAAUAUUCCAGAAUCGGUCGAAUUUAAGAACACAAAAUAGUUCCAGGCUUUUUGGUUCAUUUUUAAUCCUCUAGAAAAUAAAUUCUCUGUUUACAAAAAUUGAAAGUUUCAUAUGCAUUUGAUUUGAUAUACAUUAGUUUCAGAUGUUGACUUGAUAAUUUUUCAAAAAAAAUUUGUUUUUCAGCUUACAAAUAAUUCGUUCAAUAAUAAAAGAUACUGAUGUAUUCAUCUUGGGGGAUUUAUGAAUUGUUCAUUAAUUAAUUUUUUUCCUUACAGAACACUCUCAAAUAAUAAACUGAGAAACCUGCCCAAAAGAGUCUUUAGCAGAAAUCCUAAUCUCCUACAGCUGUAAGUUAUACCCAAUUUAACCUUAACUUUUUCCGACGGAAUAAACCUCUAAGGGAAAAUUUCGACACAACACUAAAUACACUAUUAAUGAUCGAAUAAGUGAUAGAUAUUUUGAUAAAAUUUGUGUCACUGCAUAGGAGAAUUUUCCGUAUAAAGACAGUCCUGGAGAAUUUUCAUGAUCUUUAUAUCUUCUCAACUCCUAAUACAAGCAGGGGAUAAAUUUUAUAUAAUAGUGAAAGAUUCGUGGUAAUUUUACAUUUGUAAUGUCAAUGUCUUCACAAAAAAAUGCACUUCAGGUUCGCAGCCGAGUGAAUGACUUGAUAUAUUGAUUUUUCUAAGGAACUUGUCCAAAAACAAGUUGAAGAACUUAUCAGCAGGGAUUUUUGAUAACAACCAUGCUCUGAAAUACCUGUAAGGAGCAGCUUCUCACUUACUCAAAAACUUUACUGGUGUUAAAAGCUAAGUUUUUCGUUUGUCUCACGAUGUAGUCACGUGUGAUGUAGAUCGCGACGUUUCCACUGCAUACUGCUAGUCUUCUUCAGGCGAUGAGGUCGACUGGUCAUGCGUGAUCUUAAAAAGCACGAUGCUCUGCUGUGAUUAGUAGUUUUUCAACAGCUCUGAUUGGUGCAUUUCGAUCCUUGCUGUUCACUCAGGGAUUUGCUCUCUCGGCGGCCCGCUGUCGCACGACUCUCCUUUUGUUGUGAUUUUUGAUCGCGGGCAUCCACGCUUCUGGAAUUUCUAUUCCACUAUCCCUGUUGAUGUUGUUAGGGUGAAGUCUUAUAUGAAUUGCCUCUUUGACCCUGUGCGUGUAGCAAGAAGGGUCACGAUCAAUAAACUUUACUUCGUUCCAGAGUGGCUUGUGUCCGGUGUUGUGGGCAUGCUCUGAAACGGCGGAGGUCUCGGUACGGGCGAGUCGAAUGUCUAGCAGUAUGCAGUCGAAACGUCGCGAUCUACGUCACACGCGACUGCAUCGUGAGACAAACGAAAAACUUAGCUUUUGUUGUUAUUUACCACGAUGAAUAACCACAACCUUUUCCACGAAAUUUUCUGAUGUUUUCGGUUUUUUCUUACCUCUGUCGCGAUAGAGAGAGUAUAUUUGGACCUUGAGAAAAUUAACUGAAAUACUCUGUUUCUUUAGCUACAAUCUAUUGUAUCCAGCAUCUCUGAUUGUUGACGUAACACGUCACUUUUUCCGAAACUCUUCUUAAAUGAUUCAAGUGUGAUUACUUAGCACAUCACCUCUUCAAAUUUGGGAACAUAGAGGCUAAAAAAAAAUAUUAAAGGAUGACUCCGCGAUCUCUCCUUUAUCUCAUUCAAUUAAAAUUUCUACUGAGGUUACGCCGUAAAACUGUUUGAACAAAAUAUUCUAAGUUUCUAGGCUCACGCCUAGUUUGGUUGUCGUUUUUAUUACAGGGACUUGUCCAAAAACCAGUUACAGGAUUUACCACGAGGAGUGUUUGCUGGAAUUCGAGUUUCCAAACGUGGGUGGCUGAAGUUGUAAGUAAGCUUCUUCUACUGCAAGGCAAUGUCAAUAACAACCACUUAAUGAAAAAUGGAGAAAUAAAUGAAUGACCAGAUAAAUAAAUUCAUUCUUAAAUCUCCUCUUAAAACGCGUAGUUGGGCAAUUUUUAGUCAAGAAAAUAGAUAUCAUCUUAAUGGAUCAUGACAAUCAUCCGAAAGUUCACUGAUCGACUUUUGAAGUUGAGGCAAACACAAAUAUACCCAAGGAUAUUAAAUGUAACAAAUUAUGCAAUAAAUAUUAAUAACAAAAACGAAAGCACAACUGUAAUUCUGAAACAAUCGGUCAGCUGACCAGAAAUACUAAUUUAUCCUCCGGAGUAUUUGCCGGUAUUCAGAUUCAACAGUUCUGGCACUUGACGCUGUAAGUAAGAAUAUUUUGCGAUUAGAGAAUUGAAUUAAAAGCAAGAAUGUGCAAGGUGAAUGGGUUGAAUUAUGUAAUGUAAAUAUUCAACACGUCUUGUUUUGUGCAUACAAGUUAUUGCCUUUCAUGUUUUGAGUGGUAAACAUGGAGACAUCGUGAUAAUUGGUCGGUGUACAUGUAUGGCUUGUCCGUCCAAGUGAGCAGGGUUGACGAAAGGAACGUUGUCGUUGACUGGUACAUAAAACUUUGACAUAGUGGUCUCGUUUUGAUCACGCGCUUAUUACAUUCUGCAGGGACUUGUCCAACAACCAGUUAAGUAAUUUAUCCUCCGGAGUAUUUGCCGGUAUUCAGAUUCAACAGUUGUGGCACUUUACGCUGUAAGUAAGAAUAUUUUGCGAUUAGAGAAUUGAAUUAGAAGCAAGAAUGUGCAAGGUGAAUGGGUUGAAUUACCUGGUACAUAAUACUUUGACAUAGUGGUCUCGUUUUGAUCACGCGCUUAUUACAUUCUGCAGGGACUUGUCCAACAACCAGUUAAACUUUGACCUAGUGGUCUCGUGCAGUUCAAAUGUAUCAAAUGUAUCCCUUUAAAACUGAUUGGUUAGUUUGCUUGAUGUAAAAUAGUUAUUCGACUGAAUCGAUCCGUAACAGUCCGUCGGUAGUAACUGGCUGGUUUCAAUCCCUCAGUUAUGAAGUAAUAUCCUACUAUUAGAAGCCACAACGCUGGUUAUUUAACUCUGAAGAUGAACGUUUGCCAAACUUGUCGCAGCGUCAGAAACUGUCUCCGACAUAGGGAUUAUCCGUUUCGCCCGUUUUUCUCACCGUGGAGGUCACAUUACACCAUUCACUCCCACUCGCUUUGUUUGAAAGUAUAUUUUAAGUAUCGUAAUCGCCGUACCUGAGAGUCAAAACCUGGUUCUCCUUUGCUGUCCAAUGUUAGUUAUGGGGACUUGUCUCAAAAUCAGUUGAAUAUAGAACAGUGGAUAGCUUUUAAAAGGCGAGCCUUGAUUGGCCCUUUCAAACUUCGAGAAUCCUUUGCUAUUCAACUCCAAGCAACUCGCGCAAGAUUUGCGUCCGUCAAUUUUGAAAUGGUUGCAAGAAUGAAUGUCUUUGAGUUAAAAUCAUAUUUUGGCGAUGAAUUAUUUCACUGUUUUAGUAUAUUCAAAAACAACUGCCCAUCUCAGUUUCGGUGCCUAGCAGUGCAUAUUAACCUCGCCUCUUUGUGGCUUUGUGGCUCUGUAACUAACGUGAGUAGUUGCUAAAGGCAAGCAACUACCGUUCGGGAGAGCGAAGGUGCCAAUAAUUAAUUCAAAGCAAAUGAAAAUGAAUCGGAUAUAAACACAAGUGACCAUGGCGACACAUUUAGAUACAUUCAAUUACUAUCUUCAUUACAAAAUCGCACAAUACGCUUAAUUUUGAUGAGGUAUUUAUUACACCUUGCAGGGUAUUGUCCAACAACCAGAUAAACAACUUAUCCCCGGGAGUUUUUAAUGACACUCAACUUUCUAAUAUUCUUCAUGUAACAAUGUAAGUUAGACUAUUUAUAUGUUAACCAAUAAUCAUAAUUAAUCGGGAGCCAGAAUACACCAUUCAGUUGGAACAAGCAGGGAGAGACUUAUUGCCGGCUGCUUUCCUAUUCCCAGCCCUAAACUCAACGCGCAAGACAUCUUAAAUUCCAAAAGACACUUAAGUGCUCCCUCGAAAGCGGAAUCGAAACUAAAAACUUCACCAUUUAAAGAGUUUGCCAUCUUUUACAAUUUUCCGCAAGAGUAAUAUGUCCAAAUGACAUAUUUGGCUUGCGAUUGACAGCUGGAGCUUAACCACACCGAUCAGGAACUCCGUUCAUUUUGCAAACAACAAUGACCUCGGGGAGGCGUAAUUUUCACUCCCCCAUCCUCACCCACUCCUUAUUUUUGACCUUCGACCGCCCUCUAAGUACAAAUUUCUUUCUCUCCCCAGCGUUCCACUACCAUUAAAAUCAAAGAUGGCGACCAUCAUUUUCGUUACUUUCCUGUGUUUUAAACUUUCAGAGGAAUUUUCUUGCCGCACAUUAGAAUGGUUUGGAGAUUACCACCCCAUUCGAUGAAACAAAGAGUUGAGGUUUACAGGCAUAAAUAUGUCUUGAGUCAUGGCCAGAGUUAUUUAAGCUUUAGCCGUCAGGCAAAUGUUUAAGUGAGCUAUCGGACGGGCCCAUAACAUAUUAAUGCUCAAGUAGAUAAACCGUAUCAUUAUCAUUAUCACUUUGGAGGGCAUCGAGAAAAUAAGAACUGAAAAAAUGACAACAACAAGAUAUGAACAAUCACAGGAGCGUGCGAGCAUUUACGCCCGCCAAAAUGCGUCAUAAUGCCAAACGAAGUGAUAAUAAUGACUAGUAACUUGCUACCAUGAAAGCAUAUUGCUAAUACCGUAAUCAGCCAAUAACUGACACUUUCCAUGUUUUUACAGGGAUAUGUCAAAAAAUCAGAUCAAGACAAUACCGCCAGGAGUUUUCAACUAUUUGACCGGGAUUCACGAGCUGUAAGUAGUCGAUAAACUAAGCAAGCAAUACGGGUAGUUAGCGGAAGCAAGAGUUAAUUCAAUUUCUUUAUCUUGUCAUUUUCGUUCCAUUUAAGGUGAUUCCUCAGAAAAAAAGUUAUAGUUUCGAUAAAUAUUCCUUACCAGUUUCUGCUUCGAAAACUACAAUUAAAAUGAUAGAUCACCGUGCUUGAUUAAGAGAUAUAGUGGGCCAAUCGUACCCCAUUAUUGCCUCCACUAGUCACGUAUCUAGAUCUUCCACGGCCAAGCGGUUGUAAGGUCUAGUAGGUUCGAUUUUUUUGCACUAAAAUACGGUACCUUCCCAUUACCUUUUUGUAACCGCCCCGGGAAAUGGAUUUUUACCGUGCACUAUGGAAAGUUCUUGACUCCAGAGGACAAAAACAUGUCAAACUGAAGUCGAAGAGCUUUGAGUUGUGACCGCGCUGAUUGGCUGCUUCGAAAGUGAUUAGCAAGUAAUAUUCAUCUCAGAGGAGCCGAAGAGACAAAAUCGCGCGUCAGCAAUUUAAUUUUCGUUCAGUGUUUGUUAAAGUGGUUUAUAUUUACUGACCGCAAAGCGGCGCGGUAAACAUUCACCACGAAUCACCUCCUUUUCGGUGAAUAUUUGUUAAUCAUAUAUUUUUACAGAGGCAGAAAUCCCAUUGGUAACUAGUUUGGGGUUGUACACAUACAAAAAGAGUAACAUUUUUGAAACAGUAGCCUUUGGAAUGACAUUUGUGGAGCAAAUAAUUCACCUUGGAGCACCUUGAACUAUGGAAAGCUUGUUACAGUGGCAGGAAUGGGAGUGCAGCAGUAUCAACCCUACAUUACAAUAAAUUGCCCCAUGCAUGUUGUUUUGAAACUCACUCCGUCGAGUAUAUUACAUUGUAUGUUUGUUUCCGCUCAAGCUAAAAGUUAUGCCUACAAUAACCAGAGUGGGUAACAUCGUUCUUUCCUUUUGAUCUUGUCCACAACAUGCGUUGCUCAUGUCUUGACUUAACGAAAAUUAUUUUAUGAGGCAGCUUCGAAACUGAGUCAAUUUGGCGUUCGAAAACGAAAACAUAUUAUUUGGAUGGCACUUACAAGGUCACACUUAUUAUUGGUGAAUGUUAAUUGGAAACAGGGACCUGUCUUACAAUGAGUUGAAGGAUUUGCCCUCUGGAGUAUUCGAUCCACUUUACCACUUAACGAAACUGUAAGUAUCUAAUAUCAUUUAAUUAUUGGUCUUUCAUUGGACGUUCCUUGAAUUGUCUGUAAAUUUGGAUUGAUCAUGGGGUUUGGUUUUUUUUUUGUGCAUAUAUUUAUUCGAACCAUGGUCCAUUUUUGCUAAACAAUACGUUCAAAUUCCUUAUUUUCGAUCCAUUUGGCCUUUAAGUCGUCAAAAUAAUAUAAAAUAAUUUCUAAUUGCCUACUUCACCCCACCAUUCCAUUUAAUUCAUGAUACAUUAACUAUAAAAAAUCAUUUUGCUUCAAAAUGAUUAUGAAUGAAUUUGUGAUGUUGAUAACUUUGGUUUCCUGUUGUUUCUGCUUCUGCAGUGACUUGUCCUAUAACCAACUAGAGCAGUUACCUUCAAGAGCUUUCAAUCAAAACAAAAUGCUUGAAGAGCUGUAAGUAGAAUGUUUGUUCCAUCUCUUAGGAAAUCCUAUUGACUUCUGUGUCACAAUGACUGCUUUAAAUGUGGUUUCCGCAGCUUCUGACUUCCAUGUGACAGCAGCUGUACUCAGUUUCAAGAAUUAGACCGCUUUUCCGUCACUCAUCCGGGCGCAAUAAAACACAAUAGAAAAGCUGUGAAGCGAAGGAAAAGUAACGGUCAUACUAACAUACACCCAUCCUUAAGACAAUUUUCUCCACAGAUGUAGUAAAGGGAAAUCUGAAGCUUAUUUCCCACAAUGCAGGAUCUCUUUAUCGGCUCAUACCAACUAAAACAAAACUAUUACUUUGAGCGACCAGAAACCUCCUUUGUUAAAGCCAGUUAAGUGCCUGAUUUUAUGGCAAGUCCCUUCAUCUCCGAAUAAUAACUGUACAUAAAUGGAAAUGACGUCGACCAAUUUGACUCUUGUGGUUUUCUUGCUAAAUUUACAGAUUCCUGAACAACAACAACUUAAAGAAUUUGUCCUCUGAUCAACUACCUCGAAGGUCACCGUGGUACACAUUUCAAAACCUGUAAGUAAGAGGUUUAUCAAUGCUUAUAUAUUAUGCUUUAUAAGAUCACGCAUGACUAGUCGACCUCAUCGCCUGAAGAAGACUAGCAGUAUGCAGUCGAAACGUCGCGAUCUACAUCACACGUGGCUACAUCGUGAGACAAACGAAAAAACUUAGCUUUUAUUGGUUUAUUAUCCUUGGGAUAAGUGAUCAUACCAACUGUGAUGUAACGUUCUGCGAAAUCGCAAAUGAGCUGAAAACGCAAUUCCUAUAAUCCAUAAUCUAGGAAAGUUUCAUUUUGUUAAACUGCACAUUUAAUUCACAUCAGCGCCAAACUUUUCAAAAUAUAAUGGUGAUCUUAGAAAGGUAUUUUUCCAAGUGGGCGUCAUCGUAAAUAAACCAAACCUUGAUAAAAACAUGGUGCAGACCUAUGUUACCAAAAUCUGCAAAUUGAUCGGUUUCUUUGGGUCUUUUCGAUGUUAAUUUGAGUUGUCUUGAGCAUGAUCUCUACUGGCAUCCUGUGACAUUUUUUACGAAUUGCUGAUAUCAAAUUUCGGUCAUCAAUUUAAUAUGAGUAAAUCUGCAGUUCACAUAUAUGGUUUUCACAUACUCGCAGUCUUUGAUUCAUCACUUCACGGGUGUAUUAUGAACCACCAUCAUAACAACUAAUCAGCUAGCAGGACACUGCACCGCUAUCGCAGAGGUCACGGGCUCAAAAUCCCGUACGGGCCUGAAUUUCACUAUUACGUUCAUUAGAAGUGUGAAUUACUGCGAAGCCCAUUUUCAUAUUUAUUUCCUAAUCAGUUUACAAAAUAGUUUUCAUAUAUUCAUGUACAGUCAUUCAUCUAAUUACAAUUAGAAACAUUUAUGAAACAGUCUAUAAAAUGAAAGUAUUUUCCUACACAGAACCCUGGAUUUCAACAAACUGGAGACGCUGCCAUUUGAUCUAUUCAAGGACCAUAAAUUAAAUGAUCUGUGAGUAAAGUGCUGUGAGACUUGCUACAAUAUCAAUUCCCUCCCCUCCUUCCCUCCCUCCCCCACCCAGGUUUGGUUUUGAUUUUCCUAACGGGUUUCUGUAUCUGGGCCACUUUAUUUACACUUUCUUCCUUAACAACUCAAACCUUUUUCGAUAUUUUAAGGAAUGAAAGUGUGAAUGAGUAUACACUGAGUGACUAGGUUUCUUGGGCUUUUCAUACUCAUAAUAAGCAAUACAAAAAUGCUGUCAUGCGCUAAUCACAUGGCAAUUUUUGUAACUAUUAGGAAACUUUUAUGCCAUCAAUAAGAAUAUCACUUAUUUCAGGACCUCUUUUUACUAUCCUGAAUUAGUGAAGACUACGCUACCAAAUAGUUGCGAAUCCCGCUUUGUUUUUAAGUUUCCUUAAUUUGGUACAAAUAACGGAAGUCAUACAAUUGCUAAUAAUUUCACAGCUGGCUGGGAAACAACUACAUUAAGACGUUACCUGAAAAUCUGUUUGCCGGGCAAACAAAGUUAAAACACUUGUGAGUAAUAAUCAUAAUUUGUAAAAAUCUGCAUUUGGAAGGUAGCUACCUCUCCCUUCGCCUGCUUGACGAGAGCACAUAAAGGCAGCAGAAGAACUUUUAAUUAAAACAAAUUUGAUCGUGGUCACACAAGACCGGCAUUUCAUCAAAAGUCUGGCUUGCAAUAAGCAAACCUUGAUAAGCAAUAAUCUUUUUGUAGGAAAAUACAACUGUGACUUGCCGAGUCAAGUAUUAGUCUACUAUCCGAUCGAUUUGACCACACUUAUUUUGGUUCGGUUGCUUAUGCUCGCAACUUUCCAGACUUUCCUACCUGAAACUUACUCGGCCUGUUUCCUAUCUGUUAGGCUAAAAAUGCUUCUUAAAUGUUUCUUUAAUAACGUGUAAAAAUCCCUCUUAUCGUUUUCGUAAUUCGUGCAGGCAUUUGGGCGGCAACCGACUAAAGAAGCUACCACGCGACAUAUUUCAUGGAUUGACUGACUUGGAGGAACUGUAACUAUUUUUUCCUAAAUCCUUCUUCUAAAAUUUUUGUUUAAGAUUGUAACGUCCUGUGUAAAUGCUUAAGUUGAACCAGUCGUGAUGCGUGAUCGUUCAUAUGACUGUAAUCUGUCACCAAAGAAGUCUUCUUAACCUAAAAAUGGUUGUUGUAACAACAUUGGCUGAAAUGUUCAUCAAAUUCCGACGAGAAAGAGUUGAUUUCAGCCAUAUGUUUUAUCAGCUUGGUAAGUUUUCCAGUUUGCAUGUCACUGUCCAUGACACGAAAGUAGGGUUUGUCCGUUGUCAGGAGAGAGAAGCCUUGGAUAAAAGACUAGAUGUGGCAAGGAAAUAAAAACCUUCUCAUUUGUAAAUUUCCAAGGCGAUAAAUUUAAUCGUUUUCUUGAUGAGCAUGCCCAGACCCUUAUUGAAAUAACCCUUAUUGAAAUAACCGUGCGUAAUUUGGCCCCUUCUUUCUCAUGUUUCUCUUACUGUUGUCUGAUUCAUUCUCUCCACCUGGUGAGAGAAUCUUGUCAUCAGCAUUACUUUCCUUUAUCUGACACCCUCAAUUAAUCGAAGUAAUUCACAAAACCUUCAAAGCAAAAGCAAAAAAAAUUUAAAAGUUUAUUUCUAGAAUAUUUUGUUUAUAUACCUAAAAGUAGCAUUUGAAAUCCACAGAAAAUGAGCGUUGUUAAAUUUCAAUCCUGUGUAAUCUUCCUCAAUAUUAUGUCUCCUUUGUAUUUCAAUCGACAUAUGAUCCAAUCAUUGUACAACCUUUUUUUUGUCAGGGACUUGUCCUACAACCAGUUGCACAACUUGCCUCGAGGCAUUCUCAGCACAAAUACUAAGCUGAAAGAAUUGUAAGUAGAGCUCGUUUUACUAACUUCCAGUUACAAUUCCAUCCUAAAUACUGUUUUAUAAUAAUUCAUUUUUACCUAAGUCCCUUGGAAGACUUUCAAUCAUCUUGUCUAAUUUUGUCUCCAAUUGACAUCCAUUCAGAACACUCUGCGAUUAUUUUGCUAUUUAUAACAUUCAUGGAACUCUGCAAUUAUUUUCUCACAAAGAAGAGUUUCAUUUUACUUCAUGAAAUCAAUUUAACCAUCAAGCUCUACUGAUCCAUACUGUUGAUUCUGUGCCUCAGUUUCCGCUCUUUUCCUGAGCCACAUUUCGUAGACAACUUUUAUCGCAUAAUUUAAUUCCUAACCUGGCCCUAAUUCAGCACCUGCUGGAAGAGUUAGGAAGGGAGGGGGGGGGGAAUCUUGUCCUCUCCCUCAAGAAGACGUUCUGAAUUUUCCUUCAAAGUUAGCUUAGUCUUUAUUCUAAACUGAACUAUUAUUUUAAGGGAUUUGUCGAACAACGGAAUUAAGCGUCUACCAUCGGAUGUUUUCGGAAACCUCACUGAGUUGAAAAGGCUGUAAGUGGUAUCCGGUUGAGAUUGAACAAUAAAGCUACUUCCAACAUGAAAUUAUUGUAAAGUUUCGCCUCGCAAUUUUGCCAACAGUUACAGCUGCACACAAACUUCUUAGGCUCUAUGAAAGAGGGGAUGAAAUGCGCUAUAUUAUUAUAAUGCUCAUUUUGCUACAUUUCCUCACCUGUUCAUGAUUUUGUUAACGCAUCAAUUGUAUUUAAAGUUCCGAAUUAAAUUUGAUUGUCUUUAACAGCAUUCUCUUUCACGUAACUAGAAAUCAUAUUGCUGCAUGAUACCGUGUUAGGAAACAUUGCAUAAACAAGAGAGGUCAAUUCCUACAACAUUGAUUUGUCGAAAGGCUGAUCGACCUUUCACAGUCUUGGUAUCGACUGAUGCUGAGAAGAGAAAUCUGAAGACGCCCGUUUUACAGCAGAUGUAAAAGAACACCUUUGGUCCAAUUUAUUAGGGAUCAGGUGUAAAAUUUUACUUUGCGAGAGCUGAUCUUAUUUUUUUAAAAAAUGUGGUCAUUAUCCAAAUACUAGAAGAAUAAUUUUAAGAACUCAUGCCGAAGAUCAUUUUAAUGUUCUAUGUUUCCUCUUUUGUCUCUCCCUGCAGCGUUCUGUCCAAUAACGGACUUCAGCGUUUGCCAAGGUUCAACAAUCUCUCCAAGAUAGAAAUAUUGUACGCGAUUCAUGUUUAUAAGGGAGACUGAAGCAAUAAGUGUAUCAUGUACUCCUCAUUAAUUACAGGAAUCUUUCGAAACAGUUUAACAUAUUAUUCAAAGAUUAAUUCUAGCUUUAGGAAGUUCUUAAAGUAAAACAAGUAAUACUUCCCAUCAUCAAAGACUAUUGUCAAAGAUGCCAGGUAAUACAACACAUUCCAAAAUGUAGUAAAGAAAGUCAAUCUUUUGUUAAGUGGCCUUCUUAGUCUCCUUUUAAGUUAAAGAUUCUUCUAGAAUCUCAGAAUGCUAAGAAGGCCAACCAUUAUGAAAAUAAAGUGACAAAAAUCGCCACCAGUUUGGAGUAAGGUCUAUGUUCGUAGCAUUAUGGUUUGAAAAAUCAUACAUUGUAUUUCAUUUAAUGUGUAGAUACAUGGACAGCAACAGGCUUGUGGCCCUGUCACCGGAUCAGUUCCAAGGCCUGCCCAACCUGGCAGAACUGUAAGGAAAACCAUCGAUUUUACUCCUUUAGUAACAAGCUGAGAUGGUUUAACGUUCCAAGCAUUAAUUCAAGGAGAGAUAUUUUCAAUUGAAAAAUAAACUUAACGCGUUCCUAAAAGGAAGAGUAACGCUAGAUAGUACAAGCUAAUCGACAUGUGUGCCGUGGAAAAGCUUGGAAAGUUUACAACCUAAUUUUUUGCUCCCCGUUUUGCUUACUCAAUCGAGCUGGUGUACCCCUGAAGAGUAUUAACCUUCAAACACUCUGUAAGAAUUCUAUAAGAGUGACAUAAUAAUAAGCAUCCGUAUUCUUUGUUUUUCAAGGAUUGUUUAUAACAACAGUAUCGACAAUCUGCCACGUGGAGUUCUUAAAGGCGCGAAAAACAUCCUGUCUAUGUAAGUAGCUCUUUUUACACUCAUUUGAUGACCGAAGUCAAUAAUUUCAAAAGCAGUGAGACUCUCUUAAGAAAUCUUUAGCAGAAAUAGUAUGAAUCCCUUUUCAUGACAAACGAAAUUGACUAAAACCUGAAUUACAGCAAUCCCAAAGAAAAAUCGUAAAGUUUAAGCUCUUUUUAAGUUUCCUUUUAUUUCUUUACACUGCAACUUAUGCAAAACUCUGGUACUAUGUAUGUAUUGAUCGAUGCAAUUAAAUGGUAUAUACCCGUCACCGUACCCUCAAAUAGACUGUACUUUCUCUACAUCUACAAGCUCGGUAAGCUUACAAUAACUACAGAGAUCUUAGCGUAUACUAUUUCUGACUUGUCCGAGUCAAAAUAACCACGGACACAGUUAGAAAUGACUAAAAUUAUGAUCUAAGCUUGGGAUAUCCUGGCGACCACGUUAAUUAUUUUGAAGUUAGGGUAACGAGGACAGGUCCGCGUGAAUUUGUGCAACGGUGAACGUAUAUACAACCGGGUAAUCUUUAAAAUAACUACUUUGGUUUGAAGUAAAAUAAGCCUUACGCACAUGCAAGACCCAUUUUAUUCCAUGCGUAGAAGAGUUAAGCCAUCUAAGGGACUUCUUUACAACCUGCGCAGUAUCGGUUCUGACGAAGUCCUAUCUUCAUAUACGACACAAAAAUUGCAUGUUAUGUUGACUUUCGAUUAUUGAACUUUAACUUUGAAAUAAAACGAAAGAAAAUGACUUUAAAAUGACCUCAGUUUACGAAGGAAUUUACAAUUCUCGCAUGACAUUUACGCUUUUAACUGGUUUCUCGUUUUUCAGGAGCUUUUAUCUAAACAAAAUACGUGAAGUAACUAAUGAACAAUUCAAAGAUGUCGCACCAAACAUUCGAUUCUUGUGAGUAUGCACUGAGUUUAUUUAGGGCGUAUACUAAGUGUUUGUUACUCACUUCUCUCUUUCACUGAGCUCUCAACAGUCUCCUUCUGGUAAGGUUAUAACGUUUUGGUUUCUCGUUAUCAUUGAGAUUUUGGACGAAAAGGAACAAGCGAACUAAUAUGGACCUUCCAGUAACUGAUACAUCAGGUUGAAGAGAUAAUUGCAUUAGAACACGAGCGAAUAUUGCUAGCUAAACUGAAUCGCUUUCUUUUAACGCAAAGGUACCUUCAUUACAAUGAGAUGCGGAAAUUAUCAAAAGGUUUUUUCUCCAACAUGAAGGAAUUAAUAACAACGUAAGUCAAUUGAAAUAUACUCUUAGCGCCUAGAUGAAGCGAUUUAUUAGAACUUUCAUUCUUCUCCACCUACCUAUGCAGUGCUUACAACUUCGCUACUCCUACAAUUAAAAUAUAUGGAGACUUUCUGAGUAAUGGGAAUUCAUUCUCACAUCGGAAUUUACCCUCGAUAUUUAAUCAUUUUGAGUACCUGUCAUUUCUUAAGCGCAUUUUAUCCUCUGGGAUUCAUUUAAACUCUUUUUAUGAACCGUAGGACUGUAGACACCAACCUGAUGUGUUGCCAUUUGACGAAAGAGGACGCGGAUUGCGACUUUGCCUAUGUCGACAGCUUUGCCAGUUGCGAGACUAUGUUCAGAAAUCGAGCUCCUAGGAAGUGUAUUUGGGUUAUUAGUGUCGCGUCUCUGCUUGGAGCUGUGUUUGUCAUCACGUGGCGAAUGGUCCACAGGGAGGAAAAUAUUGUACAGUCAAUCAUGUUGAUACACUUGGCGGCAUCUGAUGGCUUAAUGGGUGUUUACCUAAUCACCAUAGGUUGGAAGGAUGCGAUAUGGGCAGGGAAAUACUACUUGCAUGACUUCAACUGGCGAACGAGUUUGUCAUGCCAGAUAUCUGGUGCAAUCGCUGUGUUAUCAAGCGAGGUGUCAAUGAUGCUUCUUUCUCUAAUCUCUGCUGACAGGCUUAAAAAUAUUGUGUUCCCUUUCAGUGUUAAUGGACUAACCAACAAAGCCACUCAUACCUUGUGCUUUGCUAUCUGGAUAAUCGGUUGCAUAAUUGCUUUCUUUCCUACUUUUGGCAUUCAGUAUUUUGAAGCCCCUAGAGGUCUUCACUUCUAUGGCAGAUCUGUUGUUUGUCUCCCACUUCAACUCUCCAAUGAUAAGGAACCUGGUUGGGAAUAUUCUGUGGCUGUCUUUAUUGGGUUGAAUUUGGCAUUUGUUGCCUUUGUCAUUGUGGCCUAUCUUGCAAUAGUUAUAAACAGAUGUCAGGUUCAGUCGAUGUCAGCUAACACCCAGCGAGAGACAGCUCUUGCCAAACGUGUAUUUUUCAUCAUCCUGACCGACUGUAUCUGCUGGAUGCCCAUCAUUGUGAUUGGACUCAGGUCCAUCGUGGAAAAGUCGUUCAGGACACGAGGAGAUCUCGCAGUGUGGAUUGCAGUGUUUGUUCUUCCCUUCAACUCUGCCAUAAAUCCGAUCCUAUACACCUUGUCCACCACACAGGUAAUUAUCACUUUAGAAUUUGUAAAUAACUGUAAAUUGUAACUGAAACUUUAAACUUUUAAGAAAGUUUUUUUAUUUCAUCUCGCGCAGCAAAAGUUAUGUUCCACUAAAAGACAUCAACUAAAUAUAAAUCAAAAGAGGGCAGCAUGUAAUGACCUCUAUCUAUCUCUUGAUCUAUGAACAAGUGACGAAACCAAUAAGGGGGAAAUUAAAAAGGAUUGAAGAUUCAUUCCUUAAAAUCUUCCAAAGUUCUAAAAAAAAUAUGUAUCCAUUAACACGUGUAACAUAUCAUAGAUCGCAUAUUACGUCCAUUGUUUUGAUAUUCUGUGAGAAAAUCAUCAAUCAUCACCCUAGAUGUUGUAACAAUAUGCUAGUGUUAUCGUUUAGAAAAAUUAUGAAAGUUUCAAGUAAUAGAAAGUUCUACAAAUUAUGUGAAAUUUGUAAAGCAAAAGUUAAACAUUUUCUUAUUUAAAUUGAAAUCAGUGAAAAGGAGUGAAUCCCUGUCAGAUUAGAAUUGAAUGAGCCAGAGCCAUUCAACAUGAUCUGACAUGAUUUUAGGUUUUAUCAUUUACUGAAACUUCUUAAUUCAAGGUAAGGAAACCUUUUUCUCUCAAAUAUAGGUUCGAGACGUUCUCAAGGCAAAAUGGCAACAGCUGUGCAACUACUUUAUGACAAAGUGUGGUCGAACCCAAGCUGGAACAGGUAUAGACAUCCGCUGAUGUUUGGCUUUACUGGCUUACCGAGGGGAUACAUUUCAUGGAAGAACCAGCGCAACUUUGACAGUUUAUGCUUUUGAUAAUGUUGUUUAAUUUACUCGUUUACUUACCAUCGAAAGAAACAGUACACACAUUCCCUGACAACAUUUACAAAUCUCUCAAAUUUGCAUGUUCCACACAGAAUCAGCCAAAGAAGCCGAAGAGGAACCUGAAAAAGAGCAAGAGGAGGUUCGCAAACAUGAGCACCCAGGGGAAGAACAUACUGAACUCCAACUCCAAGGGCAGCUGAUCACAAAAUACGCGGAGACUGCUAAGCCAGAAGAGCCCGAAACUGAGCCUAAUAAUUUUUCUGAAACAAUAGAAGCACAGCCAACGGAAACAAAGACUGAAGGUCAUAAAAAGUCACAGAAAAAUAUUGCAGCAAAUUCCGAAUAUGAGGAGCCACACAGAGAUUUUGUAGGGGAUGAGGACAAAUCUUCUGGAAAAGGUAUGGUUUAGAUAAUUUUUAGUAUCUCCAUCAUUCACUCGAUUAUUGAAGUUCCAAAAAUGUUCAUGCAUUCCCUUUAUUUUAAUUACGCAAAGGGAAAGUAAUUAUGAGUAUGUUUUCUUGAAAUAUGUUAGGCUUACUUGCGGCAUCAUGUCCAAUUUAAGGCAACGCAAAAAAAUCCCCAGAAAGCUUGUUGACAAUGAACACGUAUAUGUUCAGGAUUUUUUUAAUAUUCCACAGAGCAAAACAAAACAGAUGUUGACAAUGACCACUCAGCAGCUCAAGGAACAGCAGGAGAUCCUCAGAUCAACUCCGAUGAGGUAGUGGAAGAGACAGUGUGGGAAACAGCUGUAUAAUUAGGAAAAGCAUGCGGAAAAAAUACCCUGUGUACUUGCUGUUUGUCAGGUUUUAAUUAUUAACUCAUCAGGCUUCCCCAAGGAUGAUCGUCCUUUUAGACAUCACAAUUUGGCAAUUUGUCAUCUAUGUGCUUUUUUUAAGGGAUACGUUUUAGAUGCAACUACCUGCUAACCGACAGAAUGCUAAGAAGUUCAAGCCUAAUACAUGUAAUUAAUAUAUUAAAGUAAUAUAUAUGAUAUACGUCUUGAUCAGUUACUAGAUUUUCUAAUUCUUAGCCGUUACUUCAAGUAUUUUGUGAAACGUACUCUUUAUGUAGUAAAUGAAAUCUGCAGUUAAAGAGGAGACUGCGAUCAAAAUCAUUUUUCCAUCGGAUAUAAAAGCGGGAUAAACCAGGGUUAGCGAUUAAUACCUUUCUAAAAUGUACUAGAAGAUAUUGAAACACUUCUAUUUACAUCGGACACAGUCCCAAAACGAAACGUAGUACUGUGCAUGGCAAUCCUCACAGUAAAGCAACAGUGAUAAUUAGUUCAAAAGUUAAUUCAGUGAAUAAUCUUGAUCUCAGAUUUAAAACGGGGGUCUAGGCGCACUGCUAAUCUUGGAUUGUACCAUUCUUCACUGGGUAUGAGAGCACAGAAACUUAUAGAACAACUGAUAGAAUGUUUCGAGAAUUCCCUAUGCACCCAAAGGCAUGUUUAUAGUGAAGUUCGGUAAAUACUGGAAAAACCAAACCAAUUGAGAGUAACCAUAGCGAUUGCAGAGGCUCAUAGUGUUAACAAGAGUGCUCUUAGUUGGAGACUAUAGAACGUGUUACUCUUAUUGUAUUAAAAAUAUUCAUUACUCACUGAUAUUUCAACUUUUAAGUAGCUCUAGGUGGCCACAUUGAAUAACAGUGCUUAGCCACAUUUCAUAUCUAAUCAACUACACACACCAUACUAGGCUGGGUGUGGGAGUCGGAUAAUUCAUUUUUUAUCUGGCC